GUCAUAACUCCAACAAAUAAAAUAGGAUCAUAUUGACUAUCAAACAAUAAGAAAUUGUUAUACAUUUACAUUUGGCACAACGUAAAACACUUUGAAAAGCACUUUAGAUGUGAGCUAUUAUUGAGAAAAGUUGUUUUGACAUUUCUAUGCGUACUGUUUUCGUGCGUGACGCAAAAAUAUCAAUGAGAAUUACUUCACUUAAGGUAGCAUGAGCAGCAGAUCUAGAGAUACGGUCGGUACUACGCUUCUCUAAGUGCUAAGCGUAAAGCAAAAGAUGGAAAGGAAGAAAAGAACGAAGCUGUUUUAUCAAAAACGGGUAAGCUGAUCGAGUAUUUUAAUGUUCAGAGUGAUGUUACUGAAUCUACAGAAGG